AUGGACGCCGUGCAUUCAUCCUCGUCGACGUCUCUUCAGCUGGCUGAAACUUUACUCCCAGCGAUCGAACAAGAACGUUUUGACCUGAGCAUUGAUAAUAUCAAAGCUUUGGAAGAGAUGCUGGUUGCUUCUCUAUCCCUCAUCAGGAACGCGUAUAACUGUUCCCGUCCCGUCAAUCGUAUUCCUCCCGAGAUCCUUGGCCAGAUCUUCGAGGAUGCCCUCCGUCCGCUAGAGUAUUCCAGCUGCGCUUUCGUUUGGCCGUUCGCUUCCAUCAGAGACACGCAUGCACUCCGAGACGUGACGCGUGUCUGUCGCUAUUGGCGCGAUGUCGCCUUGGACCUACGUUUACUCUGGACUCACAUCUGUUUCUCUGAAUUCCACCCCGUCUCACCCGCGUACCUCAAGCGUUCCGAGCUCGCGCCGCUGAAAGUCCUCAUCAAUGAUGACGUCUCUAGUAAAUGCCUCUCCAGACUGUUGCAGUCAGACGGAUCACGUAUCCAAGAGUUGCAUGCUUAUUACACACAAACAUUCUGGAACACCGCUGUCCCUGCUCCGAAUUUGGAGUAUCUGUCGGUGAAGGAGAUUGGUUCACCAAACGGUGAAGCUCGCCCGCUCCUGUUCUGUGGAGAAGCCCCGCGUUUGAAGGCGCUGACGAUGGAGGAGAUACCUUGGCUUCCUCGCAACGGGUUCGCUAACCUUACGCAUCUGUGUAUCCGUUUUGCUUGGCCAGCGUGGUACACUCCGGUGUGGAAGGUAUCGGAUCUAUGGGAGUUCUUGACCGGUUGUCCUCGUCUCCAGGACGUCAUCAUGGUAGCUGUCCCACUUGAGGCUACCAGAGCGCAUGAGGAUCUUCCUGUACUCCCAUUGAACGAUCUCCGCAGGCUCUCAUUGGGUGAUAUGUCAUCAGGUUUGAUUACGUGGAUCCUCGCCCAUAUCCCGAGGUCUUCAGCCUUGGCGGACGACCAUCCCACGAAGCUGCGGUUGACGCUCCCUGUGCCCGGUAGUGUCACUGUAACCGCUGUGGACUCCGCAUCCGGACUUCAAGUCGAAUGCGCGCAUCCACCUUCAGACAUUCGCCGUCUGGACUGGACGCCGUCUGUGUGGGAACCAUGGCCACUGUCUAGCGUCCGCGAGCUCUGGAUAUCUGACUCGAAGGACGGGUUGGAAGGGUGGAGAUGUCUCAGCGGUCUAUUACCGCUGUUGCCGUCUCUGACAACGGUGGUGUACUGCGCCCGUGACCGGUGGGCACAGAGGGGCCUUGAUUAUCUUUUAGAUUCGCUCUCUGGAUCAUCCGUUGCAUCUUCGGUCCCUUGUCCCGCUCUCGCGAACCUUCGCAUCUAG